AUGGUUCAAACACCCGCCCAACGCAAAGCAAACCUCAAGUUCGCUGCCGUCAAUGAGAACAAACAAGGAAAAUCAGAAGCUCAAUUGCACAAGAAGGAGUUGAAGAAACAGAAGAGCCCUAUUAGUAAGGGUUGGUUAUACCUAUUCGCAUUUAUCCUUAUUGGCGGAUUAUUUGUCGACCUCCUUUUCCGCGUAGUUUCCUAUUUCAGCGGCGGUAAAUAA